UAAAAUAAAUUUAGAAAUGGAACAUAAUAAAUAAACAAAAACAUGAAAAAGAUCGUACAUUUACGAGAUGAUGACUAAAGGGAAAAUUACCAAUUAUUGUCCUUUUUAGUAUCAAUUUACGUAAAAUUUACAAUAGUUAGUCAACAGUUCUUAAACUGGGCUUUUGAAAAAAGUCUUGAAGAGUUGUUGAAGACGUCUUCACUAAUGUGUAUAAAUAAUGUGUAAUUUAUUAGCGCUAAUUGCUGUGUAAAUCUAUAAUUAAAUAAUGUGAGAUAUUUUUGUAUCCCUAUCUUGGGUCGACAACUCAUAAUGCAGCCUUUAAUUUCUCCCGUUGAUCACGAGUCGCGGCACAACUCGCACCGCACCGAAGAAAUCCAUGAUACUGUCGUCACGGAAGAUACGCCCUUGCUGCGCAGAUUCCCUGCAGCCGUAGCUGAUAGAAGGAGCCCCGUCACCACCGUAGUCGUCACGCUUCUAUUGCUUAUACUACUGUCUGGCAUCAUAAUUGGAAUUUAUCUACUGGUACUCCAAACCAGAUCCGAAAAUGUUCUACCGCCUGUGGAGGAGAUGCCACUUCAGCUGGUCAGCCGAGUCCAAUGGGAUCAUGGGAGGGCACCGGCGCCCAUGCUCGCUCUGGCUCCCCGCAGGGCCCGGGAGGUACUAGUAGUCCAGACUGACACCCGGCAAUGCCACAGCACGGUCUCCUGCGUUGAACUACUACUCGAUAUUCAGAAUAAAACAUCCGAUGGCCAGAACUUGCCUUACAACUUCUUAGUGUCGUCAAAUGGGCAAACGUAUGAAGCCCUCGGCUGGCGGCAGCCGUCUUCAAUGUUCCCACAGUACUCUGGAUCAGCUCUAGUCCUGGCUUUUAUAGGUAACUUUACCACGAUUGCUCCUACGCACGCCCAACUGACAGAAGCGAACAAGUUCUUUGCAGUGUCGGUGAGCCGUAAAUACCUAGACCCCGCGUACACAGUCAUUGGAAAAACCACUAAAAGUUACCCAGAGACCUUAUUCUCCAGUUUGAAGCAACUCCCUCAAUGGGACAGCGAAUUAUCUGACAAAUCAAACACCUAGUCCUUUCUUAUUAGAGCAAUAACGGCGUAAUCACAAUAUCAACGAAUUAAAAAACAAUAGUAACGGAAAUCUGAUUAAAUAUCCGAUUAUAGAAACGUGAUUUGUUCAACAAAUUCACACGAUGCGAUAUCGUUUUUUACCUAUUUACAAGUUAAAAUGGGUGACUUUUUUGUCGUUAUCACUAUUUAAAUAAUGUCGUGUGAAUGAUUAUUCUUAAAUUGAUAUCGCGGUAUCACGCAGACUGUUGAUAGUAUGUCUACUGUGUUCACAUCAAACGGAUUCCCUCUAAAAAAUUGCGUCGGCUUCUUUACUGACGUUGGUUAUAUGUCUGCAAAAUUUAAAAAUGUCAUACCAUAAUCCUUUAUGGGACGCAAACAACUUGAAAACCGAAGUACAUAAUUAUUUGAAUUGUAAUAAAAACAUAUCUUUUCAGUUUUUGUGAUGGAAUUAUUUUGUUGAUAAUUUAGGCAAUAUUUGAGUAUAAUUAUGUAUAAUUAGAUGUAAGUUGAAACAGUCGUUACCAAAAAAAAAUAGGUUAAUGCGCACAAUAAAUUUAGAAAGUACCUAAUAAUAAAUUGGUAAUUGCUCCAUAAUAUUACUUUUUGUUGGCUUAUUAUUGUAUUACGUAGUAAUUUAAGUGACUACGCAGAAAUAAUAGGUUAUUAAUAAAAAAAAAACAUAAUAGGUUAAGUAUUAUGUAACAAUUUGUCGACGUCACGGUUACGGUCUCCUAUUUUAAACGCUAUACGCGACGUACGACGUCAUCGUCAAAAUGUUUCUAUCGACGCCAUAAUGGACAAGUUUCCAAUAUUUAUCUUUGAAUAAAUCUUGAGAAUAUAAGUAAAACUAAUAAUAAUUGCGAAAGAAUCAUGAAAAUAUCUCUACAAAUACAAAAGUUACAGGGCCCUAAAGUUGCGCAUAAAAAUUUUCGCGCCAUGGAUUUCAAAAAUUACUUCACCGGCUUUUUAGUUUGGUCUAUAUUUUUCCCAUUCAGUGAAAUCUAAUGUUUUCUUCUCCAUUACAGCGACGUCAAUGUCUAUGAAAAAGACCACAACAGUACUACUAAUAUUUUCUAUAGUAAGCAUUAUUACGCUACGGCUUUUAUGGGAGACCACAGCCUAAGGUUUAGGCUACUAAGGUGUACUGUUUUAAGGACAUUGCACAUUUAUCAACCCGGAAAGGGAUCGUAACCAUUGAACUCGAGAAUACUGACUGUAUUCUUUGUAUGGAACUCCAUACUGCAACGCACACUUAUCCGCAUCGUAACGUAAACGCCUCGCCUCGCAAUUGACAGCGAAUGAAAGGCGAUGACAGCUCGCGAAAGGCGAUGUGGUCGUGUUGAUCCCUUUCCGAGUUAAUAAGUCUGCUAUGAGCUUUACUGUGUUCUGACAAUGAGGUUGUCAUAAAUAUCGACACAAUUGCGCUUGAUCAUUCCAUUUUAAUCUCAAUAACAUAUCAUCAUUUUAUAAUUUUUAGAUAAUGUACCUAUUGUAUUGCUUUUUUGGUUAUAAAUAAAUUACGCUUGUUGCUUUUAUGAAUACACAAUUUUGUUACAUUA